UCGGCUAACUCCCAUUUAGUUUUUUUCCCUGUGUAUAAAGUCUGCCCCGUCCGUCUGGGCUUUUCUUCUCUCGCUUCUCCUCGUCCUCACUCACCGGGUGACAGCUGCCUCUCUGCGACGACUUCUACGUGAGUGGAAAAAGUAACAGCCCACUUCUGUAAAAAUGGCCAGCAGAGGAACCGUCAAAGCCAGCGCCAACUUCAAUGCCAGCACGGAUGCUGAGACGCUGUACAAGGCCAUGAAAGGCCUGGGCACCGACGAGGACGCCAUCCUGCAGCUGCUGACCUCCCGUAGCAACGCCCAGCGCCAGGAGAUCUCCUCGGCCUACAAGACCCUCUUUGGAAAGGACCUGAUCCACGACCUCAAGGGGGAGCUGGGGGGGAAAUUCGAGACGCUCAUCGUGGCGCUGAUGACCCCGCCCUUGGCCUAUGAUGUGACGUUACUCCGCAACGCCGUCAAGGGGGCAGGAACUGACGAGAAGGUGCUCGUGGAGAUCCUGGCCUCCAGAAGCGCCCAACAGGUGAAGAACAUCGUGGCUGCCUACAGGCAAGAGUACGAUGACGACCUGGAAGAGGACGUUGCAGGAGACACCUCAGGUCACUUCAAGAGACUUCUGGUCAUCCUGCUCCAGGCCAACAGGCAGACGGGGAUCCAGGAGGGAAACAUCCAGACUGAUGCUCAGGUCCUCUUCAAGGCCGGCGAGCAGAAGUUUGGCACUGAUGAGCAAACCUUCGUCACCAUCCUGGGCAACCGCAGCGCCGAGCAUCUGAGGAAAGUGUUCGAGGCGUACAUGAAGCUGUCCGGCUACGAGAUGGAGGAGAGCAUCAAGAGGGAGACGUCCGGAAGCCUCAGAGCGUUGCUGCUGGCCGUCGUCAAGUGUGCCAGGAGCGUCCCAGCCUAUUUUGCAGAGACUCUCUACCACGCAAUGAAGGGUGCAGGAACGGAUGAUGACACUCUGAUCCGUGUCAUGGCCACUCGUAGCGAGGUGGACAUGUUGGACAUCAGAGCUGACUUCAGGAGGAUGUUUGCAUGCUCCCUCCAUUCAAUGAUCAAGGGUGACACCGGCGGCGACUACCGCAAGGCCUUGCUGCUUCUCUGCGGCGGGGACGAUGCGUAACUGCGGCGACAACGCCAUGAUCUCCUACCAAGUCGACGACCGCACAGCGUGGGACGUUUGUUUUUCAAGGCAUGAUCCCAAAUAACGUCUUUGAAAGGCAGCUCACCUUUCACUCUUUGCUCCGCUAAUCAUGUCUGUCAGGAUUCCAUCCGUCACGCUUGGAUGUCUUUCCCUCAAUAAUAAACGUGUCCUUGAUGAAGUACAAAUCUAA